AUGGAGGGGACUCCGGCGAGAGAGGGAACGGGAGGAAAAUGGUGGCGGAGCGACGGCGGUGAUGGUGAAUCUGGUGGCCGCCGGUGGAAUUGCUCGACAGCCACCACAAGAGUCUCACUCACCCACCGCCACCGGAGCAUCGUCUUCCGCCGCCAGAAUCUCUCUGCGGCGACGAUAGGUUGCUCUCCGUCACCCGUCGACUGCGCCGUCACCGGUCGUCGGCGUCAUCCCCGUCGACCGCGCUGUCCCCAAUCGCCCUCGUCGUCCUCAGUCGCUCACGCCGUCCACCGCCGCUACGGCUCUCGCCUGAAUCAUGUCUCACCGCUGCACACCAUCCAUCUCCUUCAGCACACCGCCAGCGUCGAUUCACACACAACGCGCAGCCGCUGUCGGACCGCUGUCUCCGUCGCGUUGUGCCGCAGUCCGCCGCUUCAUAGCAUCGUCACCGUCGGCAGCCGUGACUUCUCGUCUUCCUCCGCCGCCGGCUUGCAUAGCCUUUGUCCGCCGGCUCGCCGCCUCGACUCUGUCAGUCGGCUCGACGCUUCGUCUCCGUCCAUGAGCACAUAUCUUCAUCUCCGUUCAUCACAGCGUCGCAAUGCCGUCGUCCUCCGUCGUCCACCGCCACAUUGCUUCGAUUUCGUCCGCUCCCGUGUCGCCACCUCCGUCAGCCGCCGUGUCGCCUCGCCUCCGUCAACUGCUGUCUUUGGUCGAAGUUGUCUCAUUCGCCACCGUGAUCUACGGGAAUACCGCGCCUCCGCAACUGCUGGGAGUAGACCUCCACAGCCAAGGGCGGACCCACAUAGGGGCCUGCAGAGACAGUGCCCCUAUAGAUAUUAA